GCUGGCUCGGCAGGGAUGCUCGAGCCUGGCUGUGGGGAGGAGGUGGAGGAUGAGCGCGUUCGUGUGCAGUCGCCCCGGGGGCGGGGCGGGCGCCGCGGUCACCCUCGCCGGGGGCGGGGAGCGGAGAAAGCGGGGAGGCGGGAUCCGGGAGAGCUGGGGGCUCUGUCCGGGGAUGUGACAGCAGCGAGCUCCUCGCCCACCCUCGUGUUCCGGGGCUGCCUGCGUUUCUCCGGCAUGCAGGGCUCUGGAGGUACUGAGAAGAUGGCCUCCCCAGGUGCCCCAGGGACCCGCAUGACAUCUACAGUCAAUAUCAAUAUUUCUACCCCUUCCUUCUACAACCCGCAGAAGAAGUUUGCACCUGUGGUCGCCCCUAAACCCAAGGUGAACCCCUUCAAGGCUGGGAGUGCAUCAGAGUCACCGGUGCCCCCACCUCCUGGAGCUGGCGCUCAGCGUGCUCAGAUAGGGAAGGUGGGGGAGAUUCCAUCAGCGUCUACAUCCAUGCUGGCAGAAGACCUGCCACCACCACCUCCUCCUCCACCUGGUGAAGAAGCAAGCUUCUCCUCAAACUGUGCUUUUCCCCCACCUCCACCACCCUUUGAAGAGCCUUUUCCACCAGCACCAGAAGAUUUUCCUUCUCUCCCUCCUCCUCCUCCACUGAUGUUUGAUGAAGAGCCUGUGAGCAAAGAAUGUUCUCCGCAGGUAUGUGGCAAGAUGAGCAGCACUGAUCUUGAGAUUGACUCACUAUCCAUAAUGUUGGAUGGCGUGGAAAAGAAUGACUACUUCAGAUCCUGGGUACCUCCAGGAUCCACAGAUUCUCUGGAGAAACCAUUGGCCCCAAAAGCCCAUGUGGAAAUACCAUCUGCACCCAGACAUGCUCCUCAUUCCUUUCCUUCCAAAUUCACUCCAAAGCCAAGUGGAAGCUUCCCUUUCAAGCCCCCUGGUGUGGAUAUGAACCCUGCCCCAACCCCAUGGGCAGCCCCACAGCAACGCAAGGAGCCCCUAGCACCAGUCCCUCCACCUCCCUCACUCCCUCCUGCUCAGCCUACCCCUAAAUUCAGCCCAACUGCUCUUGGUGGUUCUCCAAAGUUUGGGUCCAAAUCAGGUGCCGAUGUUCCCACACCUCCCUUGAACUCUACAAGAUACCCUACCUCCCUUCAGACUCAGUUCACAGCCCCUUCACCUUCAGGUUCCUCCUCACGGCCACAGCCUCCCAAUUUCACCUAUGCUCAGCAGAGGGAAAGACCCCAAGUGCAGGAGAAGCCACAUCCCACAGAAAAACCUGCUGCUGCGAAAGACACGCAUAGAUUCACAGGCUCCAGCGCAGAUCCACCUAGGGGAAAUUCCUGUCUAACCAUGAAGGAGGUAGAAGAGCUGGAGAUGUUGACUCAGAAACUAAUGAAGGAUAUGGAGCAUCCGCCCUCAGUAGAGGCCACUACUUCUGAGCUCUGUGGCUUCUGCCGGAAGCCCCUAUCACGAACUCAGCCAGCUGUGCGAGCCCUGGACUCCCUUUUCCAUAUGGAAUGCUUUACCUGCUUCAAAUGUGAGAAGCAGCUGCAGGGGCAGCAGUUCUACAAUGUGGAUGAGAAACCCUUCUGUGAGGACUGCUAUGCUGGGACCUUGGAAAAGUGCAGUGUUUGCAAACAGACCAUCACGGACCGGAUGCUGAAGGCCACUGGUAACUCGUACCAUCCCCAAUGCUUCACCUGCGUAAUGUGCCAUACCCCUCUUGAAGGCACCUCUUUUAUUGUGGACCAGGCCAACCAGCCUCACUGUGUGGAUGACUACCACAGGAAGUAUGCUCCACGCUGCUCAGUCUGUAGCGAGCCUAUCAUGCCAGAGCCUGGAAAGGAUGAGACGGUGCGUGUGGUAGCAUUGGAGAAAAAUUUCCACAUGAAAUGUUACAAAUGUGAGGACUGUGGGAAGCCGUUGUCCAUUGAAGCAGAUGAGAAUGGGUGCUUUCCACUGGAUGGGCACGUGCUCUGCAUGAGAUGUCAUACCGUUCGUGCCAAAACGGCACGCUGAGGAGCUGGGAGUGGGCAUACCCUGGAAACCCCUGCAUUCAAUACUCUUCCCCUCCCUGCCGUUGUCCUGUCCCUCUGCCUGACAAGGCAGGUAGCUGCCAAUGGAGACAAUGCCAGCGCAGUUCUUUACUCAUGUAGGAUUCACAGCUACUAGACUUCACUCUGCACACCCACCAAGAAAGAACCUCUUCUCCUGUCACGACUUCCCGGCCACAGUGUAGGCCAGGCUGGGGGCUAUGAUCAAGGUGAGUGCAGAGUCUGUCUGCUGAAGACUCUGGAGGAGAAAGACUAGACUUCCACUACUGCCUGGCAGAAGUAGCAAGAAUGACCUGGUGGCAGGUGCUGGGAAAGGCUGAGCAUUCUUCUGUUCCAUGGAACCAAGAACAAUGACCUUAGAAGGUGGAAGCCUCCAUCUCAGCACAACUGCUGUCUUCAAUUUUAUAUUAUUUUUUUUUCUUGUGCCACCUAAUUAUCAGGAUGUCUUCCCCUGCCACUUCCCUCACUCCUGGGUUUGAGUGUGGAGGCAGAACAUAUUGGGAAUGUUUUAUUGUUGCUGGGAAAAGCUAACCUACUGUAGCUUUUCUGUCUCUAAUAGGUUUUUACUGGCUAACUGUCUUGUCAUUUUUUUUUCCUUAGCCAGAUUAAACUGGCAAUGUUUGGAAUCCUACUCUGUUCCCAAGUUUGGAUUUUUUUUUUUUUUUAAAUAUAUUUUCCUCCCCAAAAUGAAUUGUUUCCUGGUGUGGUUUCUGGACAGCCAGGCUGGGCACCAGAGUAACAAAGCAAUCCAAAGAAUGCACGUUUACAAAUAAAGGCCAUCAUAAAGAUGGGCAGCACAUGGUAAGAAGGCGGCAUCUCAGUGCAUGGAUGAGGAUUCAGUAGACUGAGGAACGUCUCCCUGUUCCAGCAGGGAUUCUUUCACUGCUGUCAGUGAAAGCUAUAGUGUAAUUGCAAUGUAAGCGUUGCUGCACUGAGCCCCAUUUCCUGGACUAAACUCUCAAACUGAACAAAGCUUUGGAAUAUUGACACUGUCCAACCACUGUUUGCAUUCAAUAAAAUGUGGGUUUUUUCCAU